AACCAUUCACAGCCAUCACCACUAUUUCCGUUCCCAUUUCUCUCUCUCUCUCUCUCUCUCUCAGGGCAGCUUCUCUCAGAUCUGCCCAAACCCACCUCACAUAUUCACCAUCUUGAGAUAAAAGAUGGGGCUGUCUUUCACCAAGCUUUUCAGCCGGCUCUUUGCCAAGAAGGAGAUGCGAAUUCUAAUGGUGGGUCUCGAUGCGGCUGGUAAGACCACCAUUUUGUACAAGCUCAAGCUUGGAGAGAUCGUGACCACCAUUCCUACAAUUGGUUUCAAUGUGGAGACUGUGGAAUACAAGAACAUCAGCUUCACUGUCUGGGAUGUCGGGGGCCAGGACAAGAUUCGACCUUUGUGGAGACAUUACUUCCAAAAUACUCAAGGGCUUAUCUUCGUGGUUGAUAGCAAUGACCGUGACCGUGUGGUUGAGGCUAGGGAUGAGCUGCAUCGGAUGUUGAAUGAGGAUGAAUUGAGGGAGGCUGUGCUGCUUGUAUUUGCAAACAAGCAGGAUCUUCCAAAUGCCAUGAAUGCUGCUGAAAUAACUGAUAAGCUUGGUCUUCAUUCCCUCCGUCAACGCCACUGGUAUAUCCAGAGCACAUGUGCCACUUCAGGGGAAGGGCUGUACGAGGGACUAGACUGGCUUUCCAACAAUAUUGCUAACAAGGCGUAGGAGAUCCGUAAAUCUUCAUUUACUUUUUUGGGCUGCAAUCUCUGUCAAAGGGGAUUUUGUCGUUAUGUGGUGUUUAUGCAUUUUACAUUUGAUAUUGUCUUGAGAAUGUAUCUGUUUGUUUAGAUCAUUGUUACAAUAUGAUAGAAAUUGACAUUUGCCUUGUAGAUUCUAAAUAAUUCAUGAUUCACAGUUGAUAGAUAUGAUUAAACCUUGCUUAUUUUGGGAUACCCUUGCUUUUGGUUCUCCUUCAAUGGAUAUGGUUGUAAUAGUUUCUUCUACCCCUAAUUCUCAUUUAUGAUUAAAAGGUCAAUUCUCCUA